CCAAAAAAUUGAUGAGCGAAUCGGAGGUGCAGCAAACUAGUAAAAAGGGAACUAGCAGAAUUGUGAAAAUAAGUGUCUAAAUGUUGGUCAAUUUAUUUUAAAUUUCAAAUAUUUUUCUCGUGGAAUAAAAGGUAAAUUUGUUUCUGUCGAGAAUAUAAUUGAAAGAAAAUCUACGUGGACAAUUUUGAACUGUAAAACACACAAGUAGAAGAAGAACGAUCAGAAAGUAGCUGAAGAAAAGCGCAGUAGCAGCAUUAUUGGCAGGGACCGAUUCGCAUUAGUUACCUGUGAAGAAAAAAAAUUGGGCGAAACAUAUUAGCCGUCAAACUUGGAUGUGUAUAGUGAGGAAAAGAAAUAAAAUUUUAAAUAAAUAAAAGUAUACCCACAAACUUCAGUGGAUUUUUUGAGAUAUCGUUAAUAUAACAACAACAAAACGGCAGCGACUACAACAACUACUACUACGCCACCAGAUUCGACAAUGGAGAAGCCGAAGGAAUUGAUCAUUGAGCCAAAAGGCGAACUGCGCUUUGUAGGUCCCUUCACUCGUCCCGUUAUCACUGUUAUGAAAAUAACCAAUCCAACAGAUAACAUUAUACUGUUCAAGAUCAAAACGACCGCUCCAAAACGAUAUUGCGUGCGUCCAAAUUUCGGUUCACUCGAACCACAUACGCAUGCCAGGAUUGAAAUUUGUUUACAACCUUUUGUGUAUGAUCCCAACGACAAAAAUAAGCAUAAGUUCAUGGUACAGAGCCUGGUUGUGCUCGAUCACUCCGUUGAAGACUGGAACAAGUUGUGGAAAGAGUCAGAACCACAUCAGUUGAUGGAUGUGAAGUUGAGAUGUGUCUUCGAGAUGCCAACUGUAACGUCAGCCGCAGACAGCAGUGUUACUGCAGGCACCAAUGAAAUUGUAAAACAAGAAAUUACUGAGACAGAAAAUAAAGCAAUUCCAUUUCGCGAAGAGAAAGUAUCAAAUGUGCAACCAUCGGAUCAACGUGAAGAGUUAUUGUCCGACAUUAGGCGGCUGCGCGAAGACAAUGAGAAAUUGCUCAGAGAGAAGCGUCAUCUUACGGAUGAAAUCGUCAAAGUACGGGAUUCAUAUUCGAAACCGAUGUACGAUCAGGCCUAUACACCUAUUCUGGGCGAGAAACAAAUUCCGGUGUUCUAUAUAGCGUUGUCGAUUGUUGCGGCCAUAUUUGGCUUUCUGUUUGGCAAAUAUUUUUGAAUGCAUACAACGCAUACAAAACUCUGAAGUGCUGACAUGUUUAUCUAUAAAAACAACAACUACAUAAAAUGAGAAACGCCGUCAUACACAAACAGAUAAACGAAGAAAACGAAACUAAAAAUGAAACUUAUAUAUAAAACCCAGCAACAGUAUAAAAGUAAAAAUAAAAACAACAAAACUUAGAAAGGAGGAAAUGAUCAAAUGAUUAAAGAUAAACAAAACGAAAAACCAACAAAAUAAAAAAAAAAUAACAAGAAAACAAAACAGCUAAAAAAUUAAUGAAAAUUGUUGAAAGUUUGUUUUGAAAUGCAUGUAACCAUAAACAUAAAUGGGCAUAAGCAGACAAAUGUACGAAAAAAAACUUGAGAGAAAAAUCAGUUAAACUAAGAAACACUAUGAUUUGCAAUUAAAGAAACAAAACAAACGCGCUAAAAGAUAAUAACAGUCAAAGUAUCACAUUUAUAAUGAAAUAGCAAGCAAAUAUGUAUAAAGCUCGGUGUAAGGUAGACAAACGAACGGUGACUGAACAUAUGCAAGUGUGUAAGGAGGGCAAUUCAAAAUCUAUAAAUUGUGUGUGUUUUGUGUAAACGCUUGCAGAAUACACUUUUUUAGUAUAGCCAAAGGGCACCGAUUGAACGUUGGCACGGCAUUUAUUCAUAACUUUAUAUUAUAUAGCAACAAGUGAAAAGGAUUAAAACAACUACAAAAGAAUUACAUAUAAAAAAAGAAGUGAAUAAUUAAAUAUUUAAAAUAUGCACUAUAUAAAGCGUUAGGUUUAAUAUUUUAUUGUAUGUUUUUGGAUCAUGCUUGUAUAAAUAUAGUAGCAACAAAACGCUGUAGCAGGGUCUUCACCAUUGAGACUAUUUACUGAAUAGAAUAAAGAAGUACUAAUUAAUUUGCCUUUGCAGAUACGAAAACUUGUUCGCAUAUGAAUAUAUUAUUAGCAUACGUAGCUCUAACAAUGAAACCCAUCAUGUGGCAUUGAGCAUUUUUUUUUUUAAAUUUUUUUUGUUUGUUUUGUUUUAAACAUUUCCUAAGUUAACAUGCAUACAUUCAAAUAUAAACACAAAUAAACAAUUUAUUCGAGCUUUCCCAAUAUUGAAUUUGAUAAGCAAGUCUAAUAAAUGUGAGAAUAUACAUACA